AUGGCGGAUCCAAAAAUCUACACCGUCGGCUGGAUCUGCGCUAUUACUGCUGAAUAUGUUGCCGCCCAAGCCUUCCUCGAUGAACAGCAUGCGGGCCCAGAGUCCUUACCGCCUCAAAACAAGAACGACUACACCUUAGGCAGAAUUGGAAGGCACAAUGUGGUGAUUUGCGUUUUGCCUCUAGGUGAAUACGGUACCUCGUCAGCAGCCCGAGUUGCCGAGGACAUGUUACACAGCUUCCCUAAUGUUCGGAUCGGUCUGAUGGUCAGCAUUGGCGGUGGAGCUCCGAGCCCGCAGAAUGAUAUUCGCCUUGGCGAUGUGGUAGUGAGCACUCCUCUCAACGGCCGAAGUGGCUUUAUUCAGUACGACUUCGGUAAAAUGAUACAAGGCCAAGGAUUCUACCCUACAGGUUUCCUUGAUCAGCCCCCUACCCUCCUUCGCGCAGCGUUCAACGGUCUUCAGGCCCAAUAUGAGAUGGAAGGGCAUCAACUUGACGAGUCUAUCCGUCGCGCUCUUGAGAGGAAGCCACGGCUACGGAGAAAAUACCAGAGGCCGGAUCUCGAAAGCGACAGGCUUUAUCGAAGCCACAUCGUUCACUCACCGGGCGGCAGAUCAGAUUGUAAGGUGAUUUGUGGCGAUGAUUCGACUAGCUUAGUCUCGCGUCAUCCACGCUCUGAGGAUGAAGACAAUCCGGCUAUUCACCAUGGUUUGAUCGCAUUAGCUAAUCAGCUAAUGAACGAUGCUAUAAUCCGUGACGAACUUUCGGUAGAAAUGGACGUGUUCUGUUUUGAAAUAGAAGCAGCUAGGUUUAUGUAUCAUUUUCUAUGCCUUGUGAUCUGCGGUAUCUGCGACUACUCAGAUUCACACAAGAACAACAGCUGGCAAGUCGAAACAGAAGAGAGGAUUCUGGAAGUUCUUAAGCCAUCUCUCGAGUAUGUGGCUCGAACUAUCGAUCGCAUGGACCAUGAUUCCAUACUGGCUAAGCUGCCUAUUGCGAAUGAAGCCAGGUUUGACUCGUUCUCCGAUCGAGACGAAGUCCAAUGUCUCCAAGGUACUAGAAUCGAGAUCCUCUAG